AUGGCAGAUUCAAAAUUAGUUUGGAACCCCGACAAUAUCAGAGAUGUCGCCGAGUCAGUGGGAAUCUCAUCAUUGAACGAAGAGGCAGUUAGAGUACUAUCUCAAGAAGUUGAAUAUAGAGUGGGCCAACUGAUUGUCGAGGCGAUGAGAUUUAUGCAUCAAGGAAAGCGCACAAUACUAGGAACACAAGAUAUUGCUCAAGCUCUGAAGGUGCUAGAUGUUGAGCCACUCUAUGGAUAUGAAUCUACAAGACCUUUACGCUUUGGGGAAGCCUCUCUAGGCCCGGGGCAGCCAUUAUUCUAUAUCGAAGAUGAGGAGGUUGACUUUGAAAAGCUGAUCAACGCACCUUUACCCAAGGUUCCUCGGGAUAUAUCUUUUACUGCACACUGGCUUGCUGUUGAAGGAGUCCAGCCUACCAUACCACAGAAUCCUUCUACUGCUGAAGCUCGUGCCACGGAAUUGGUACCUAAAGGUCCAGGAGCAAACCCAAGUCUGGCAGCUCUAGCAGGUAGUGACAACAUUGCUUUCAAACCCUUAGUGAAACAGAUAGUCUCAAAAGAGCUCAUUCUUUUUUUUGACAAGAUAAGAGCAGCAAUUUUAGAUGAAAAUCCGGACCAAGAUGUGCUAGUCUUGCGGAAAGCAGCCUUUGAAAGUAUCCGUUCUGAUACUGGCCUUCACCAACUAGUGCCAUACUUUGUUCAGUUCGUCUCGGAAAAGGUUACUCAUUCUCUCAACAAUCUUUUUGUCUUGCAACAAAUGAUGGAACUGGUUCAGGCAAUGAUUGAAAAUACUUCUCUUCAUGUUGAUCCCUACACAAUAUCACUUGCUCCUCCUAUUCUUACUUGCCUAGUUGGACGAAAGAUUGGUGGAACGGCAGUUGAUGGCUCCAAAGAACAAUUCUAUUUACGUGAUACGGCUGCCUCUCUUAUAGGUCAGAUUGCUAAGAGAUUUUCGAAAUCUAGCGCCGAGUUACAAGCCAGACUUGCGCGCACAUGCGUCAAAGUAUUUCUUGAUCCAUCGCGCACACUAGGUGAGCUCUACGGUGCAGUUAAUGGUAUUCUUAGCGUCGGCGGUGCCUCAGCAAUUGCAACCCUCGUGCUACCUAAUUUAAAAGCAUGGGAAUAUAUCCUCACCAAGGCACUAAAAGAGCGUGGGCCUAAUGAUAAUAGCGUUAAAAUGCUCCAAGCUGCGGUUAUAAAGGCUGUAGUGAGCCUAAGUGAUGCAUCAUCGCCAUACACUAAUGGCGUCAAUGGAAAUCCUGCCGAUGCCGAACAGGUGCUGGAAUAUCUUGGACCAGUCAUUGGAAAUAGCAUAGUUGCUUUGGAAGACGACAAGCUUAAUCGAGCCAUCAUAGACUCAAACGAGAAAGUUUAA